AUGUCGUCGGUCCCGGCGCUGACGCAGAUCACCACGCUGCUCCGCUUGCAGAACAUCCGCCACGUCCGCCUCUACGACGCCGACCCGGCGAUGCUGGCGGCGCUGUCCAACACCGGCAUCCGCGUCAUCGUGUCCGUGCCUAACGAGCAGCUGCUGGCCAUCGGCAACUCCAAUGCGACGGCGGGCAACUGGGUGGCGCGCAACGUGGCCGCGCACUUCCCCUCCGUGAACAUCACUGCCAUCGCCGUGGGCUCCGAGGUGCUGUCCGCGCAGCCCAACGCUGCGCCGCUGCUCAUGCCGCCCAUGCGCUACCUCCAGAACGCUGCUGCUGGUGGCGCGGCGCUGGACCGGUACAUCAAGAUCUCGACGCCGCGCUUCGUCGUCCAUCAUCCUCGACUCCUUCCCGCAGUCGCAGGCUUUCUUCAACCGGUCGCUGGACAGCGUGCUGGUGCCGAUGCUCAAGUUCCUGCAGUCCAUGGGUCGCCGCUCAUGCUCAACGUGUACCCGUACUACGACUACAUGCGCUCCAACGGCGUCAUCCCGCUGGACUACGUGCUGUUCCGCCGCUGCCGCCCAACAAGGAGGCUGUGGACGCAAACACCCUGCUGCACUACACCAACGUGUUCGACGCGGUGGUGGACGCAGCCUACUUCGCCAUGGCGUCGUCCAACGUCACCAACGCGUCCGGUGAUGGUGACGGAGACCGGUGGCCGCACACAAGGCGACCCGUCUUGA